GAGGACAGUCACUGCACCGCAGAUGUGUCGAAUUCUUCUUAUGCAUCCUACACGUGCUCCCUUAUUGCUGAUGUUUGUUGUGUGACCAUUGCAGUGCUUUUAAGGCCUCGUUUUUGCCUGGACCACAUGCUGCUCAAGACAGGUUCAUUUCAACGGCACCGCCCGGGGGGGAAGCCAUGGAUCACCCAUGAGCAGUGAGAUCGCACCGAUCCGGGAGGAUGAGGCCGAGGAUUGUGGUCUUCCAAGCACGCCCGAGCACAAAGGCGCUCGCUUGGGCUCGGUCUGGCGCUCCCCAGGUGUGGCGCUGACGCCCAUCGGGUCGCCGGCUCCCUUGCGGCCGGAGGAAAAGCUUUGGCAUGAGGAGCGGCCACACGCCAGCAGCUUUAGCUUUGGAGACCCCUUCCGCACCCAGGAGCGGCCGAACUCCGCGCCGGACCGGGUGCUGGUGCCGGCCUCCCCUGGAGGGGUCUUCAGUGAUCUCAGCUCCGAGGCGGAGGCGCUGAGGCUAUGCUUGUCAGCGAAGCCGCAUCCUCCUUCACCUGAGCAGGCGACGUUUCACCCGCAGCCGCGGAGGCACCAGCCAUGGGUGAUGCCAUUGCUGGAAUCCGAGGCCUCGCCAGAGGCUCUAGCACGUGAGGGCACGGCGAUGACCAGCCUCCUUGGGGAGGGCUUGAAGCAUCGGCCGAAGCCGUUGGCAGGUUCUGAUGAGCAUUCGAACGGCCAGACUCCCGCAGGCACUUCCUGUGGAACACCAGCCUUGGAUGCCUCCACCCCAUCCCCUGAGCAGAACGGUCAGAGCAAAGAUAAUUUGGAGUCGCCCAAGCCGCACCAUAGCGUCCAGAACACGCCCGAGCCGACCCAUCAAUAUGGUUGUGGAGCUGCCAUCAGCACGCCCUCACCUUGUGCCAUGUCCUCCCUGAAUCAGCACAUGCUGGGAUUGCCACCACGCUUCAAUGAGGGGAUGCCGCUCCUGGAGGCCUUGGAGGGAGGGCCACUUCUGCCUCCUCCAUUGCCUGCACCAGGUGCUUCCACGAACGUCACGAACGGCAUGGACUAUGGGGGCUUUAUUCGCCCAACGGAGGUGACAAUGCCCGAAAUGCAUGCGAUCUGGGGCAUGCCGGGCAUGCGGUCGCAGGACCCUUUGACAGUGCAGCAGAUGGCCAUGAGCUUUCAGGCCUAUCACUGGGGUGCUGCUUCGGCUUUGGGUUGGCCGCGGAUGGGUCCUAUGCCGCCUAUGGGUGCUUCUGAGGUCCCUAAACCCAACGUCAAUGGGAAGGAGGUGGCAUCCAAGGAGAAUGGCUUGGCACCUCAGACGCACGCCAGAACCUCCUCUGAUGCAAGCAGUGGAAGCCAAUCCGCAGAUCACAAGAGGAGGGAUCUGUCGAGCGUGCCCAGCGAAGCGCGAGAGCUGGUGGGGCAAGUUGGCCAGAUGUCUCGGACGCAAGCGGGCAGUAAAUACCUCCAGCGUCAGCUCCUCAAAGGUUCAGGUGCUGCUGUGGAGGUAAUCCUGAAGGAAGUGGAGGAAGAGAUUGCCUCCAUGAUGUGCGAUCCUUACGGGAACUACCUUUGCAGCGCCGCCUUCCAAGCCUGCUCCCAGGUUCAACGAAGGCGCAUGUUGGAGAAGUUGGCCCCGUGCGUGGCGCAGAUCGCGUGCGACAAGCGGGGCACCCAUGCCCUGCAAGCCUUCAUUGAGCUUUUACAGCUGGAGGAGGAGCAGGAUCAACUCAUGGGUGCGGUCAAAGGCCAGAUCGUGGAGCUCAGCAUGGAUCCCAAUGGAACACAUGUGAUCCAACGACUUCUGACCUGCUUCCAAGGCUCUGUGACGGAUUGGAUUUUUUUGAUCAUCGGUGAUCGGAUCAUCGAGGUGGCACACCACCCUUAUGGACUUUGCGUGCUGAAGAAGUGCAUCUCUUUGGCGCGUCAUCAUCGUGAGUUCCUCUUGGAGCAGCUGGCACGGCACGCCAUGGACUUGGUUCAGAGUCCCUAUGGGAACUAUGCCAUUCAACAUGCCUUGGAGGAGUGGGGGGGUCGUGACUGUGAGCCGAUCCUGGAGAAGUUGGAGGGUCGGAUGAUGCAACUCAGCAUCCAGAAGUUUUCCUCCAACGUGGUGGAGAAGCUCCUCACCAUAGCACCUCCUGAGUUCCGGAGGAAGUUCAUUUGGGAGCUGGUGGAGAGCGACAAGAUGUCAGUGCUGGUGAACAGCAAUUAUGGGCACUAUGUCGUCAAGAGAGCCAUGCAAAUGGCCAGUGGUGACCAGCGCGAGGCGUUGUCGGAGGCCAUCCGUGCGCAUUUGUCGGUGCUCGGGAACCGACGGCUUCGCUUGAAGUGGGAGAAGGUGAUGAACGGCGGCUUUGGAGAGAACGAUCUCGGCAGUUUGAAGUUGGACGCCGAUGUUACGUCAUCCUCGAAGCGCCCCAAAGUGAAGCAGAGACUCAAGGGUAGCGAACUUGUCCGUGAGCAAUGAGGGUGCUCUUGUAGAAUUUACGCCGUGUUCACCGCCAAGAGAGCGUCAUUGGGGAAAA